GCCCGAUCCGGGCACGGAUGGAACUGGGAACAAUUUAAGCUCGAGUCAAUUCGAGCCUAUGUCUCCUUCCCUCACUCGUCUCUUCCUUCGCCAGCCUAUCUUUCCUCUGCAACGGACGCUCUCUUUCAGGAGAACCAUUGGAACCGUAAUGUCUGCUAACUUGGACGCUGCGCGUGCUCAGGUCGCAGAGCAAGUCAAGGUCGAUAUUUUCACUUCGACCCAGGAUGAUGAUAACAAGAGAGGCCUCAAAGAGGUCUCGAGGAGUUUCAUCUCCGAUACCAUUACAGUGCCUACCCCGGAGAUGUACCUGUACGCUGCCAGGGCAUCCCUCGGUGACGACGUAUACCAUGAGCCUUCCACACUUGCGCUCGAAGCGCAUAUGGCUAAGGUGACCGGCAAGGAAGCGGCGUUGUUCAUGCCUUCUGGGACCAUGUCGAACCAGAUUGCCUUGAGGACACAUCUCCAGCAGCCUCCCUAUGCUGUACUGUGCGACCAUCGUUCGCAUAUCGUCCGGUAUGAGGCGGGUGGACUGGCAUUCCACUCUGGUGCUCAUGCGCAGAUGGUCAUCCCCUCGAAUGGGCACCACCUUACACUCGAGGACGUACAAGAACACGUCGUACUCGGCGAUGAGAUUCACAGUGCUCCUACGGCUAUCAUCUCGUUAGAGAAUACCCUGAAUGGGACCAUCUUCCCCCAGGACGAGAUCGUCCGUAUUGCGGAGUUUGCGCAUGCAAACGGUCUCAGAACGCACCUUGACGGUGCCCGAAUCUGGCAUGUCGCUGCUGAGACCGGCACACCGCUCAGCGAGCUACUUGCGCCCUUCGACAGCGUCAGCUUGUGCUUCAGCAAGGGUCUAGGCGCUCCUAUCGGCUCAUGUCUCGUUGGUCCCGAGGCGUUCAUCAAGAAGGCGCGCUGGUUCAGGAAGCUAUUUGGUGGAGGCAUGCGCCAGACCGGCCUCAUGGCCGCAUCCGCCGCCUACGCACUCACGCACAACUUCCCCCUCCUGCCUGCUGUGCACCAGCUCACGCGGAAGCUCGAGAGCGGCCUCGAGGAGAUCGGUGUCGAAAUCACGAGCGGGGCUGAGACGUGCAUGGUCUUCUACGAUCCGUCGCCGGUGGGCGUGACCUAUGCGGAGAUUGUCGAGCGUGCGAGUCAGCUGUCCGACCCCCUCGCCGUCGGCGGGUCUCGGCUCGUCGUUCACAUCCAAACUUCUCCGCAGGCCGUGGAGGAUUUCCUGGCCGUUGUGCGGAAGCUCGCGGAGGAAAAGAAGGCCGCUGGGUUCGUGCCUCCCGAGAAGAAAACGUACCCCAACGGUCGCCCGUACAGCAGCGUCUAUGUGAAGAGCAAACGCGCCCAGUAGAUUAGAUGGAGGGUGAUGCCUAUCGAGGGAAGGGGUCUAGAUGAUCAAGUGUGAAGUUGUGUACCGAAGCGUGCGAUGUGUACAUUAACUGCAUCGGGUUGGUUUACGUCUUGGUUACUAGUGUCCACACGAUGUAGGCUGUGUUCUCUGAGCUUGUUUUCACAUAGACGUGUGUGCCUGUCACACAAAAUAGACGAAACAACGAUCUGCCCAACCCGUCUGAGUAAUGGUCUAGCCCUUGCCAACAUAGCGCUGCUUCUCGUACUCCCUCCACAGAACCUUCAUCGUCGCCUUCCCGCCUACGUCUAGCGCUGAGACCAUCAUGGCAUCCCGGGUAUGCUCUCCCAGCAUCUCACACAACGCGAAAAGGCCGGGUUGCAGUUCCUUCCGGAUGCCUGAGGACACCAAGCAGAGAGGCUCAUUCACCGCUUCGACGUACGCGGUGAGCACAUACGCGGCGUGCUUCGAGAACGCCCGCGUAAGUGACUCGGGCUUCUGUGAGUCAGCUGCUGCACCAUGCGUCCGCACGAUCGUCUUAGUCGUCAAAGUUGUGAGCAGCCGGGCAAGGGCCUUACUUUCCUGACCGGAGAGCGGGCCGGAUGGUGAGAUCCAGCGCGGAAGCGUGUCCAUGACCAGGCGACUCUGUUUACCGCCGAGCUGCGGGCGGAGGCUUCGGAGGCACGCAACGAGCUGUCGAAGGACGAAGCCGAGGUGUGGGAGGGUGUUCAGGACGAGGUCCCGGCGGAGACGCACGAGAGCAUUGAGGACGUUCACGAUACCAUGGAAGACCGUCGAGUCAGUUGACUGCUCGUGGGCUGUCGAGCCGGAGAGCAGCGCCCGAAGAAUCGACCACAGGCUCGAGAGGUCAGCUGUUCGUAUCGAGGCGGGCCUGUCACCGCACUGUCGAGCAAGGAAAUCAAGGACCUCUCCACGGAGACAGGGAUCCGUUGUAAACUGCUCAUCAUCUGCGAAGAGAUUUAAGCAUUGUGUAGUAUGCGACUGGCAUAUUUUCGCGGUCCCUUCUGGUGCAUCCCGCAGAAGAAUUGAAGAUAGGCGAAUGAGGCGAGCCACAUCUGGUGAGGAUAGUCCUUCGUGCAGCGGCAGACCAUCAUAGACGAGAUCAAGUAGGGAGGAAAAAGUGUCGGUAGAGAGCGUCUUGCAGGCGCUUGCCAGCUGCGACUCUAGACCGGUAAUAUCGCUUGGACUAGCCGUGCGAGCGAACGCAAGGUAGGCAACUACCAUAAAUCCUAGGCCCUCUCGAACCUCGAGAGUAGCAGCGUCUUGCAGCUCCCCAAGUAGAAUGGACAACACGACUGAUCCAAGAGAUGAGAUAUUCUCCUUACUACCGACUGGUGAGAGUAAUCGGCGGGAUAACUGUCGGCCAAUUACGGGAAUUCGCACGUCUACGUCGACGUCCAGCCAUCGUCCGAGUAUCCGCGAGUGAAACCAAAUGUCCAGUAGAGAGCGGUCCAAGGGGAUUGUAUAGUCGUCGGAACCCAACCCCAGCCUUGGUAGGCUGUAGUUGAGCAUACUUUUGUGCAAAUUUCGCAGUGAAUCGAUGCAUGGUGCGGGAAGCUCAGAUGGCGAAGCGCUCUGAACGAGGGAGUCGAUCAAAAGAGAAGAUGCUUCAAAGUUGAUUUUGGCGUCCGCGGAGUCGAACGCUUCGGCAUAGCGAUGGGCCAACUCAACAACUGAGUCGGCUUUGCCCUUCUUCGCAAGGCGUACGAGGGAUCCCUGAUACAUGUCUACCAAGUUCAUUGUGGCCAACCUGAGGUCCCUGCUGGCGUCGUUGACGGCUUCACCGUUAAUGCCAUGCUCUAGUAGGUAGCCCAUGAACUCCUUCGAUAUGACAUUCUCGAUCAAGCCGAGAUGAUCUAUGGUCCGUCGCAGGACUUUCCGAAUAACCAGCAAAUCCUGCUCAGACAGCCAGCUCUUCGCAUAGCGAAGGGUCAGAUACACGGUGACGUCUGCUGCGAAACCCCGCUUGAGGAAUUCGAUAUGAGUCGCACGUGGAAGGUACUCUGCCGGAAUGAGAAGGAGGACUUUGUAUGCCCAUGCGAUUUGCGAAACCACAUCGGGCGACGGGCGGGUCGUGUCUGCCGCGAGACGAGAGAGAAGAUCGGGUAGGUCGACGCCUGCCAUCGGGGCUGUAUGUUCGACCAGCUCCGAAAUGAAAGCAUCUCGGAACGUGAGCAGCUCCCAGAACUGUGCAUCACGUAACAAUCUAGACAAUACAGUCUGCACGCUCAGUCCGAUUGGCGAUUGCGAGACAUGAGGCAACCGCCCCGCGUUCACAAGAAUGGCUGCCAACCUCUCCAGUUGCUUCGAUGUUGCCCAUGUGUCGAAGUCAGGUAGCCACCUGUCCACUAGUAAAUGUAGGACCGCUACGCCGCCCGUAUCAUGCCCAUGCAAUGCAUGGACUCUACCUGUCCAAGAAGCAGUGUCACCAGCGACGUGCAUCUCGAGGUAGUCAAGUAAUCUGUCGAGUACAGCCUCCGGCUGUAGAAAACCAAGGCUACAUUGGUGUAGCAUUGUCCGAAGCAUUUCCACGACAAGGUCGGGUAUUACAUCCGGAGAUGGUACGCACUGCAGCAUGGCAGACGGCAAUUCAUCUUCGAGCCUGAGCUCGAGUUGCAAUGCUGGUGCACGAGCGAGCCCGUAGUGCAGACGCAAGGCUCCCGUGACAACGAUUUGCCAAGAUCGUGAUACCAGUUGACUAGGCCCCCCGAGCCCCUGCGCCAGAGCGGGGGAAGCAACAGCGUGGUACAGGUCUUGCACCGACCUUUCUGCCUCCGCGCGCGCGUCGUCUGUGAGGCUAUGCAACGGUAGCGAACGCAGCACGACAAUCAUAGUGCGUGCGAUGAGGUCGAACGAAACGGCGUAGUAUUCCGAUUCUGAACCGUCUUCCGAUGAAGGUGCGUUGCUCUUCCUGCGCUUUUUCCUCGGGCCAUCGCCACGAACAGCGGAGACCCUUGCGUCCCGCUCGACCAAGCGCCCAUAUGCGUCCUUGAGAGUCCGCGCGACAUAGGCGAUGGUGUCCAAGACCUGACCCGGCGUGAGGAAGCCGUGGACGGCUCGGGAAAGCUCAUCGAGGAAGGGGAGACUGGUCAAAGGGCCCGCGGACGCGAGCUGAUAAGCAGUAU